CUGGAAGUGCGGUUGACCGGGGAGGCCAAGCGGCUGCUCCAAGCCGACAUUGAGAACGUCUGCCUCGAGAACAUGCAGACCUGCAUCCUGAUUGCGACCCUGAGUGCAGGAAAUUGUGAGCCAUCUUCGGAGGCACUCUUCGUUCGAAUCGCCACCUCAAUGGCCGAGAUCAUGUCGCUCGACUCCUCCCCAGCGAUGAACGGAUCCCUCGUCACGCGCGAAACCGUCCGCAGAGUCUGGUGCUCGCUCUACGUGGCGGACCGCUGGUGUUCCUCGGGGCUCGGUCUCCCCCGUCACAUGGACGAAUACAGCAAGCCCUACGGGCUGCCUAUAGACGAGAUCACCUUCCAGUCUCUACCACCCGACACGAGCAAUGAUUCAGAAGCGCCGCCGCCGACAGUACACCUCGAACCUACCAUAUUGAAACUCGGCCUCUGGGCGCACAUGGUAUCGCUGGUGCGAUUCUUCGGCCCGAUCCAGGACCUUAACCGGCAGGCCGCUCGCGGCUACACCGACACCGUCGAACUGGACCAGGAGGUCCAGGACUUAGGGGAACAGCUCGAAGCGUGGAACAAGAUGCUCCCCGCCGAGACGCAGAUGACGGUGCCCAACCUACACAGUCACCAGCAGUCCGGACGGGGGGGACUCUUCAUUGCUCUGCACCUGGCGUAUCACCAUUACUCCACCCUGCUGUACUUCCGUUUCCUCGAGGACGACCAAACCCAUACCCAAAGCCACCACCGCACGCAAGCCCCUUCAUCCAAGCCAUCAUCCCAUAAGUCCCGCACCUACAUCCGCCGCUGCAAGCACCACGCCUCCUCCUUCAGCAACCUCCUCCACCUCGCCCGACAAAUCAAGGGCUGCGAAAACAACUACCCAACCAUCGGCCACAUGACUACCGUCUCCUCCUCCGUCCUCCUCCACACUCUCCUCCUGGGCGACCCGACAGAACUCGAGGGCGUGCGCGCCGCGCUGAAUGCCAAUUUUGAGGUGUUGAUCGAGCAACAGCAGUUCUGGCCCAACACGAAAGCCAUGAUCAACAGACUAAUGACCUUCCAAAACAUCUGCCUGCUCUCCACGGAAUCUCACAAAUUCGACGGCUGGAUGGUCCGGUGCAUCCUCGAGCACUCCCGCGCACUGGGCCAGCGCGAGCUGCCGUGCGUCCCGGCCAAUGUGUUGCUAGAUGUGGAGUCCGAGAGUAUGGCGCUCAAGGCGAGAGAGUGGAUGGAGCAGGGUAGGUAUAUGGAUUUUGAGGCUUCCACAGUAACAAGCCGGUAGUGCGGUGCGUGCGGUAAGAGAAAUUUGUCUUCCCUCCCCCUGUAAAAAAAGGACUUCAUAGCCUCAAUUUUCGUGUAAGAACUAGAUGUGCUACUUCCGAAGCCCUAGAUUAUCC